AUGUCUUCAGAGGUCAAGUUGGACGAGUUCGCGAGAAAAACCGAUGACUUCCUGCAAUGGAUCAAGCACCGACAGGGCACCAUGAUCAGUCCCAAGAUCAAAAUCGCCGAUCUCAGGGCUGAGGAGCAAGGGCGAGGCGCAGUCGCUAGGGAAGACAUCGACAUGGAUGAGAACCUAUUCACUAUCAACUCAGCCUCAUUUCUUUCUGUUCAGAACUCUGAUCUCUAUCAAAUGCACAAGCUGCAGCUUCAAUCUCUGCCUCCGUGGAUAGCCCUUGUGUUGACCUUGCUGUACGAAGACGGCAAAGGUGAGGCGUCCCAAUGGUGGCCAUAUCUCAACAUACUCCCUACAGAGUUUGACACAUUGAUCUACUGGUCUUCAUCAGAAUUGUCAGAACUGCAGGCAAGCGCCGUAGUACACAAGAUUGACAAAGACGACGCUGAGGAGCAAUUCUUGAACCGACUUCUGCCAUUCGUCAAAGCCAACACAUCCCUUUUCGCAAUGCACGUUAAAACGCUUGAAGACGCGAACGCAAAGUCAUUCUUUCUCGGCAUUUGUCUUAGGAUGGCGACACUCAUCCAUGCUUACGGCUUCGAUCUCAACCCGGAUGAGCCAUCCGAUGAGGAGUUCGAAGAAGAUGACGAUGUCAUUAUAGAGCCAAACGUGGCUAUGAUUCCAUUAGCAGACCUGCUGAAUGCCGAUGCCGAUCAAAAUAAUGCACAUGCGGUCCAGAAUCAUGAUUCAAUAACCAUGAGGGCUAUCAAGCAGAUCAAAGCAGGCGAUCAGAUCUACAAUGACUUUGGCGAACUACCAAGAUCUGACUUACUGAGGCGUUAUGGUUACUUGUCAGACAGGUAUCAGAAAUGGGACGUUGUCGAAGUAACACUUGAUCUGAUCACCAAGGUUUGCAACGAAAUUAAUCCUCUGGAUAGCGUAGAAAGAGAAGUCCGCACAAGCCUCGCAAUGAAGUGGGAUGUUUUGGAAGACGGCUAUGAUCUUAACAGGCCACAGGACAACAAAGACUUCGAAUUUCCACCAGACCUAAUCUUGUUAAUAAAUUUGCUACUUAUGGAUCUGACUAAACUUAGAACAGCAGUCGCAGUGCAAGAUCGGCCACUGGAUGAUCAUGCCCUUCCUCCGUUGACCACGACAUAUCAGGUCCUAGAGGUUAUCGUCGCCGAACGCUUGGCGAGCUACGGCACCACUAUCGCCGAGGACGUCCACCUCCUAGGUGUAUCUCUAUCAAAACGCAAGCGCAUGGCGAUCGAAGUUCGCCGCGGCGAGAAAGAAAUCCUAGCCAUGGCUAUGAGCGUACUGAGUGCUAUUCUCAGCGAGAAUGCUGAGUCUCAAUCGGGACAUGAUGAGUCGAAUGCCAAGAAGAUAAAGCCACUUUAUCCACAUGCUACUUGA